AAUAGAAACAUCUCACUCAUGUUGCUGUGACAAAUAUAUAUAAAAGGCUGGAAUUGUUGAAAAAACAAAAAGUUGAAAUGCAUCACCUGGGUGGCUCCACCUUGUCGUGGUCAUGGGCUCGGUGCGACUCCGCAAGCCAGUGGAGGAGUUGUUCCACUUUACAAGUUUCGGAGUGAACAUGUGAAGUGAUUGUGAACCAUUGCAGUUCCACUUCCUCUGGCCCUCACCCCUCGCAGAACGCGGACAAAAUGCAGACCAUUAAAUGUGUGGUAGUAGGAGAUGGAGCUGUCGGUAAAACAUGCCUUUUAAUCAGCUAUACGACAAACAAAUUCCCUUCAGAGUAUGUACCGACUGUCUUUGAUAACUAUGCUGUAACUGUUAUGAUUGGUGGAGAACCCUACACUUUGGGUUUAUUUGAUACAGCAGGACAGGAAGAUUAUGAUAGAUUACGUCCAUUAAGUUAUCCCCAAACUGAUGUCUUCUUGGUGUGUUUCUCCGUCGUAAGUCCAUCCUCAUUUGAAAACGUCAAAGAAAAAUGGGUCCCCGAAAUCACGCAUCACUGUCAGAAGACACCGUUUCUACUGGUAGGCACGCAAGUGGAUCUAAGGGACGACGGCGCAACCAUCGAAAAACUGGCCAAGAACAAACAGAAACCGAUUUCGAUAGAAAUGGGUGAAAAGCUCGCCAAAGAACUGAAGGCAGUCAAGUAUGUAGAGUGUUCUGCCCUGACGCAGAAGGGUCUCAAGAACGUGUUUGACGAGGCGAUCUUGGCGGCAUUGGAGCCGCCAGAGCCGGUCAAGCGCAAAAAGUGCGUCAUCUUGUAAGUUGGGGAGGACGUGAGAUAUAUGCUAGUAUUCUAAAAAAAAUGUAAAGUAUGACGAAGACUUAACUAAUUAUCUACUAUUUAUUUUAUUGAUGUACACUAAUGGCCGGAAUUUAACGGCGCCGAUUCUUCGGAGCUGUUAGAUUCGUUUUCAGAGUUUAGUUUCAAGUCUCGUCAAAUUGAUUUAAAAAAAAAAAAAAACACCAUAACAAAGUUUUCCACUCUCUAAGCUCAAAAUAACCUGUCUGCAUUUAUAAAAUCAUUAUUUACCAAUGCUUUUAAAAGAAAAUAAGUAUUCGGACAGUUAUUACUAGCAACGUGAUAUUUAUCAGGUUGGCCUUAAUGUGUGAUGUAUUUAAUGGUCUUGUCCACACUGCUAGUGACAAACGAUGCUCAUUAUUGUACACUAAGAUGUAAGAGUUUAAUCUAGUAAAUUUGGUUUUUUAAGGCCAAGAGUAUUAUUAUUAUUGUUGUUCGGCUAUUCGCGUUGUGUUUAAACAACGCAAAAAUAAUAAUCAUUCUAAAUAAUAUACAGUAUGGUAGUCUAAUUGGUCUUGUUUAAUUUAUUCGGAAACACAUUAACGGGAACAACUUGUCUACGUAUUCAAACAUUCCCUGGAAAUUUUAGUGGUAAAUGGUACACAGCAAAGAUUUUUGUUUAAGUAAAAUGUCAAUAUUAAUGAGCUUUAAUAUAAAUGUAAACCAAUUUUUUGAUUAUAACAAACAACGUGUAUAUUUAACAGGCUUUAAGAGCACAAGGAAGUGUAACUGCCAAAUUAAUAAAUGGAAUAUUAUUGUAAAUAGGUUUUUAUAAGUGUAGAGAAGAAAGUCGUAAUAAGUAUAUCAAACUCUACUUGAAAAUUGUUUUAAAUGUAUUGAGAGCGAUAUGGGCCUGCCUUGUAUUUUUUAUAGCUUCAUUUUGCCUACCAUGUUGGGUUUCAUUAAAUUUUGAAAAUGGUGCUAAAUGUUAAUGAAGUAAACAAGUAUGUUUAAAACAAUUUUAAUAUAGUUAACUCUCAUCUUGUUCACUUUGUAUCUCCAGUUAAAUUUAACCAAUAUAAAAUAUGAGUUUUAACUAAUAUAUUUAAUAAUUUUUUACACCGGCAUAAUUGUAUAUAUACAUAUAUGAAUGACUGUUAGUGAGUGCAUGGGUUACAAUUAUUGCAUUUAAGUUUUCCAAAUCGAUUUGGAUAUGUUUGUUUCAAAAAUAACUACUAAUAUAUAUAUAUAUAUAUAUAUGUUUUAAGUAUUCGUAAAGAGUGACUGAGAAGUUUAAAACAAACAUUCUCUCCUAGUGGUGCAUUAAUACCCAAACCUUUGAUAACUGAACAUGCAUUAAAAUUUAGUAAGUACUUAUUAUUUUAUUAGUAUUUACUAGAUUUGUUAAUAUGUUUAUUUGUUGCUUAAACAGACGAUUUCUGGACGCACCAUAAGGGGAAAAUAGAUUAAUAAAAUAUUAUUUAAUAUCAAAUUAAUGAAAUAAACGUUUAUAUGUAA